UAACUUCCCCACAAACAAGUAAGCAGUGUGCCUCGGACAGGUUGAGAGAGACUUGCACAGCCACAGUGGGACCGAUGAGACUGGUUAGGCAGUUGUGGAUAUGUAGAGGGUGAUGCUGAGGCAAACAGGGCAGUGAGUUAAUGGCAGGCAACAAUAAGGAGCCGGAUAGUUUAACCUUAUAAUUGGCCGUAACCUGAAGCUUCACGCUCCACCCCCUUCCUGUCAAUCUCUCUUCUGUAUAUUUUUGACUCACAGGCGGGCAAUUGUCUCAGAAAGUGUAGAAGUGGUGGGGCCAAGGUAAAUAUAAAUAUACAGCAAACUGCUCUGAGUGUUCAUAGAUGGGAGUCAGUUUGUUAUUGCUGUCAACUGGAUUCCCCAGACUGUUUUACCUAUCCUCAAUUAACACUGAAGAGGGAAAAAAGUGGACAUCACUAGUACAGUUUCAAUUUUAAACCUGGAAGUUUCCACCUAGUGGGUAUUUCUGUUCGAGACUUUACACUCUGAGAUUAUUGUUUCACCAAAAGGAACUGUGUGAAUCACGAAGCAAAAAGGAUUUGGUUGGUGUCCAAGAAUCUGCUUGGGAUUCCUCCAACAGACCUACCCAGAAGCUGAGGUUCAUAAUCAGCUGUUGAGUGGGAAUGGCAAACCUAUCUGCCCAAGAAGCGUGGUCUGUUGAGACAAUGUCCACAUUGACACCAUACAUCAUGAGUGGAGGGGACAAUUUUACUUCCACGACAAUGGCACCAGUGCCUCCACCAAUGAUGACACCAGAGUUCUUGCAGACAGUAGAGUAUGUUUGUGACCAGGUGCUCGUUCCACUGAUAGUCUGUUUUGGAAUUUUGGGCAAUGUCCUAAGUUUGGUGGUUCUAACGAAGAAAGAGAUGGCUUCACCAACCAACUGUUUUCUGAUUGCUCUGGCUGUGUCCGACUUGCUACUUCUUGCGAUUCAGAUCCCCCAUUUUCUCUCCUUUCACCCAGACUGGAAUAAGGCUUCAUCCUUCAUGACCUUCCAUAGGCAUUUCACCAUACUCAGGUAUGUGAUGACCAAUAUCUUCUUAACAUGCACCUGCUGGAUCACUGUUGCUGUGACGAUUGAGCGCUUCAUAUCACUUCGAUUCAUUGCCUAUCCACACCUAGCCUGUACAAUAUCCCGAGCAAAGAAAGCCAUUGCUGCUAUUUUCAUUGUGUCUGUGCUCUUCCACAUCACAAAGUUCUUCGAGUAUAUCCCCAACCCUGACCAUACCAAAGGACCACCACUGCUCCUGACUGAAUUGUCCAUGAGCAAGGCCUACGACAGAUAUGUCCACAUCAGCAACAUCACACUGACUGCCAUCAUCCCUGUAUUUCUCCUCGUCAUCGUCAACAGCUUCCUCAUCUACUUCCUGAUGACCCAUCACCGCCGUAUGAAGCGUCAUCGUGCCGGGGUCCACUCCAGCGUUGACAUGACCCACAUCACUAUCAUUGUCAUCACGAUGGUCCUCGUCUUCAUCGUGUGUCACUCCUUUGGUCUGUUCCUUGCACUGGCCAUUGCAGUUAAUGGUCGCAGACAUGUGUUCAUGAACCCUCUGUAUCGAAGCUUUAAGCACAUAAACUUUCUUCUUGUCACAACCAAUUCAAGCGUAAAUUUUCUACUCUAUUCAACAAUCAGCAAAAAAUUCCGUACUACCUUUCUGGCUAUUUUUUUAGGAAAGCUCCACGACAAGAACCUGUCGUGGAGCAUGCAGAAUUCCAACUCGAAUUUCUCAAGUAAACCUAAUGCCACCUCUUAUAUCUCUCAAAUAUCCACUGACAGCUCAAAUGGAAAAGGUGGAGAGCACUCAGAGGUGUAAAUGCCUGAACCUCUGUGCCCCGUUCCACACAGCAAUCAUAGCGCUAAGGCGAUCGUAACCCCCAUACUAAAACAUAGUCUUACGACAGUCGUAGCACUAUGAUCGCUUUGUGGAAUGGUCCAGAUGCAUAAACACUCCAGAUAUCUGCUAUGUUAACGCCUGUAUCUUUGUCGGUAAAUGUCCUAACCUCUGAGAGUGUAUGCCCCAGAAGGUUUAGGUGUAAACACAACAGACAUCUGGAAGUGUUAAUGUCUUAGGCCUGUAAAGGCGUCAAAGUCCUGGACCUCUGAGAUAUAAAUGCCUUUGACCAUAUACACCAUCAAUAUAUACCACUCAACAUUUGACUGGGUCCAAAAUAUUUAUCUUUAGUCAAAGGUGUGAUCCUUAGCAAACGUUGAGUAGUACAGUAAUAAGGUCAUAGAAGCAUGGACCUUCUAUGUUAACUAUCAGGUCAACAAAGGCAUGAGAUAAUAUAGGAUAGUUGUGUGGCUAUGUAUGUUAUGUCUUGUGAUGGUCCUGGAUCAGUGUUGGACUUGUUGUUUGGUAGACUUGAAGUUUGUAGAGAGGACAUCAAUACAAGGAUGAAGGAUGUGUGUAGUUUUAGUGUGUAUAGGUUCAUAUGUUGUGUAGAUACCAUUACCAUGUAGCAUAUUCCUAGAUAACUACAAGCACAUCUUUAUCAUUACAUCAUUUCAUAUCUAUUAAAUAUGGCAUGAUCAGUGAGAACGACUUACAAGGACUUGACUGUUCUCGGACUAGUUCCUCAAUGAUACAACUCCCAAGGACUUGACUGUUCUCGGACUAUUUCCUAAAUGAUACAACACCCAAGGACUUGACUGUUCUUGGACUAGUUCCUAAAUGAUACAACACCCAAGGACUUGACUGUUCUCGGACUAGUUCCUCAAUGAUACAACUCACAAGGACUUGACUGUUCUCGGACUAGUUCCUCAAUGAUACAACUCCCAAGGACUUGACUGUUCUCGGACUAGUUCCUAAAUGAUACAACACCCAAGGACUUGACUGUUCUCGGACUAGUUCCUCAAUGAUACAACACCCAAGGACUUGACUGUUCUCGGACUAGUUCCUCAAUGAUACAACACCCAAGGACUUGACUGUUCUCGGACUAGUUCCUCAAUGAUACAACACCCAAGGACUUGACUGUUCUCGGACUAGUUCCUCAAUGAUACAACACACAAGCCUUUUGAUCAAGUCAGGUAAUGGGCAAUGGAAAGAGGAACGCAGAGAGAUCAGCAGUGCCUUCUGACAAACACCCAAAUAACCAGAUGUUCCAAAGACAACAACAUCAACCAUGCUGACAAGGAAAUCACUGAUUCUUAGGGAUUUGUGGAAACUUGCCUCCUGUGAAACUGUUAUAAUGAAUAUGUAAUACUCUUGAGAGUAGUUGACAAAUGUGGACAUAGGCAUGUGGAGCACUGACCCACAUUGUGAACACUUGUUAUAAUCACAAGUGAAGGCUGAAUGACUGUACCGGUGACACUUGAAAACAUCAGGGUGAACCCAGCCACUGAACUUGAUGAUGAUGCAAAGAUAUUAACCUCUUUAUUCUAUCAUUUGUUUACAUAUAUAAUCUCAAUGUUUGUACCCAUAUUUAUGUACAUGUAGUCAUGGUAGUAUUUGUUUGUGAAUAUUACUUUGCCAUGAUAAGUUGCAAUAUUGUUGAUACACAACGUUCAUACAGAUAUGGAAUACUUUCAUUCAAGGCCUUUUCAAGGCUUUCAACUGUCAUUUUCAAGGCUUUUAUAGUUGGGUUAUAAGCUGCAGUCUGUCAACAUUUUCUUAAAUUCCAGUAUACCAUUUACCGUAAGACCCAAAAAGCAGUACGAACAUCACAAAGUUUCAAACAAAAUUGAUUUGCACAACAAACAAAUAAAAUAAAUAUGAUUGUCAUGAAUAUUUCAAGGUAUUUGGCAAAUUGUAAAAUCUAUCACUGCGAUAAAUCACACAUAACAUCCUUGGUACAUAACUACAUUUUUGUGUGUUUUAAUACUUUUAUUAACAAGGUUACCCGGGUAUGUCAUUUUGUUUAAAGUCAUUUUGUUCAAAGUCAAGGCUUUUCAAGCUACUUUGGUGACUUUCAAGGUUGACACUGAAAAUCAAGGCUUUUCAAGAGGGAUCUUAAAAUUCAAGGCCUUUUCAAACAUGUAUGAACCUUGUGAUAUAAAGCAAACAAUAUGUCACAUUGUUUCAGACUUAAACAUGUCUUUAAUUGUCCCUAUUAAAUAUUGGAAUAACAUAUGACAGUUAGAUAUAUAGUACCAACAAUAACAUCCUAUUACAGACUACAGCCUCUAUUCCCUUAUUCUCUUUAAUAUUUAUACAUUCUGAUAUGUUAAAAUACUUUUACACAUAUUUCUGUUGGAAACUUUAACCAGACUAAACCAAAUUCAGUAAGAUGCAGAUGAGCCCUCUUAGCCAACAGUAUGUCUGUCUGAUCAGCUUGGAAAUGAGUUUUGUGAAGAACCCUCCACAAUUGUAAUGUCCCCCAGCUGGAUGGAAGCUUCAGCUGUGCUGAGUGCUAGAUUUCUGUGGAGAGUGACAAGUGUGGUAGGCUGAUGCUGCUGCUGCACACAAUGGGCCUAGGUCAUGGUGACAUGUCGUGUUGACAGAGGCAAUGAUGCUUGCCAAGGAAUCCCAAACACUUGUUGAUUUCUUUCAUGUGAAAUACAUCUUGGAGAAACAACAAAGCAUUGAAACCUAAUCCUUUUCUCUUUGAAAAACAUAAAUGCAGGCAAGCCAAAUCUGUACAUGAACGAGAGUGUGUGGCUAUUUCUUGUACCUCUAAGUGUUAUUUCUCCCCUGUGUAUUGAGACAUGGCUAAGGCUCUGAUAUUAAGGUACUUGUGUAGUUUCAAUAAGCUGUCAUUGACAGCAGCAUUUCAUAUCCUACUACAGCUUCUUAGGACAUACCUUUGAGAAUAGGCCUUCAUCGUGUCCAUUGUUAUCCAACAUCUUUCACCAUAUUAUCACUGAUUAUUCAAUUGUUCAUACAGAGGGAAGGCUUGGAUGUUUAAUUAGUCUGCAACUCUGAAGCCUGAGUCUAGUAACAUUCUGUUCGGUAUAGUAAUCUAAUAAUAGUCCACAUUAUAACACUAAAACAUUUUAUAUGAUGCUAAAGGUCAUGUUCUGUCAAAUAGACUUUGUCACAGGCUGUAAAUACAUAUGUCAAUAUUGAGGCCCCAAAAUUUGUUUAUGUAUAAUUUUGUCAAUUUUUAUAAUAUGCAAUAAAAAUUAAUAUUUUUUCUCAGGCAAGGACUUGUAAACAUGUGAACGUGGUCAUCAACAGUUUGUGUUGAAACUGUCUGCCACCCAUACUUUGCCAUGUUCAGUGCCUUUGCUGAUUCUAUAGUGCCUCAUUGUAUUGUUUAACCUAAGCAACCUGUAUUGUGUAUGAUAUGCAAUUGGUUGGUGUAAUCACUCUCACUGUACAUUGUUCUUGCAGUAAUCAAUCCGUAGUUGAUCCUAUUCAUAGCAAUAAAAUAUUUUGUAUCACA